ACAUCAUCGUCUGGCUGUUUACGUGUAGGAGAGACGCAGACGGGAACGGACAACUUUCCUCAAAUCGUAGCUCGUGUUUGAUUGCCACACUCGGUGCGGCUCAGUCAUUUCGAAAAAAGUGCUUACCGAUUACGGAAGGAACGAGGCUGUUGACGGGGUGCUUCCAGCUAUAGGAAUACUGGACACAUCCAAACUAGUGACGGAAAGUGAAGCUGAAACAGUUUUUCGCAGAAGAAGCGAGUAAAAUUCACUAGUUUUCGGGGUGAAAAUUCCCGUUUUCAGCUUUCCCUUUUAGCAGUAAGAAAAAGAAGAAUCAGUGCAAAAUGGGAAUAAAAUUCCUGGAAAUCAUCAAACCGUUUUGCAGUAUCCUGCCGGAAAUUGCAAAACCAGAACGAAAAAUCCAAUUCAGAGAGAAAGUGCUCUGGACGGCAAUCACGCUGUUCAUUUUCCUGGUAUGCUGUCAAAUUCCUCUGUUCGGUAUUAUGAGCUCGGAUUCGGCCGAUCCCUUCUACUGGAUUCGAGUUAUUCUGGCAUCCAACCGGGGCACACUGAUGGAGCUGGGAAUUUCACCGAUUGUGACUUCGGGUUUAAUUAUGCAGCUAUUGGCAGGCGCGAAAAUCAUCGAGGUUGGUGACAGCCCGAAGGACCGCGCACUGUUCAAUGGAGCCCAAAAGUUGUUCGGAAUGGUUAUUACCGUUGGCCAAGCGAUUGUGUACGUCAUGACUGGAAUGUACGGUGAUCCAGCGGAAAUUGGAGCUGGUGUUUGUCUUCUGAUUAUCAUCCAACUGUUCGUGGCCGGUUUGAUCGUUCUGUUGUUGGACGAGCUGCUCCAGAAAGGAUAUGGUUUGGGAUCCGGUAUUUCACUGUUCAUUGCCACCAACAUUUGCGAGACCAUCGUAUGGAAAGCAUUCUCACCAGCCACUGUCAAUACCGGACGAGGAACCGAGUUCGAGGGUGCGGUUAUUGCUCUAUUCCAUCUGUUGGCCACCCGACAGGAUAAGGUGCGAGGACUUCGCGAAGCUUUCUACCGACAGAAUUUGCCGAAUCUGAUGAAUCUUCUGGCGACGGUGCUGGUCUUUGCGGUGGUCAUAUACUUCCAGGGCUUCCGAGUUGAUCUACCAAUCAAAUCAGCCCGCUAUCGCGGCCAAUACAGCAGCUAUCCAAUCAAGUUGUUCUACACAAGUAACAUCCCGAUCAUCCUACAGUCUGCGCUGGUUUCCAAUCUGUACGUCAUUUCACAGAUGUUGGCGGUAAAAUUCCACGGCAACUUCCUGGUCAACUUACUUGGUACCUGGGCUGACGUCACGGGAGGAGGUCCCGCCCGAGCCUAUCCGAUCGGUGGUCUUUGCUACUAUCUAUCGCCACCGGAGAACCUAUCGCAUAUCGCUCAAGAUCCAAUUCACGCUAUGCUCUAUAUUGUAUUCAUGCUCGGAAGCUGUGCCUUUUUCUCGAAGACCUGGAUCGAUGUAUCGGGCAGUUCGGCCAAGGACGUUGCUAAGCAGCUGAAGGAACAGCAGAUGAUUAUGCGUGGUCAUCGGGAGAACUCGAUGAUCCACGAGUUGAAUCGGUACAUUCCGACUGCGGCUGCCUUCGGAGGGUUGUGUAUCGGAGCACUGUCAGUUAUUGCCGAUUUCAUGGGAGCGAUCGGCUCGGGAACCGGUAUCCUGCUGGCUGUGACGAUUAUCUAUCAGUACUUCGAGAUCUUCGUCAAGGAGCAGAGCGAAAUGGGUGGUAUGGGAGCGAUGCUGUUCUAAGUGGGUUUGUAUGUGUGUAAACAAUCAAAGCGUACUCAAUUCAGUUAGUUUUUUUUUUCUGUUUCUCGUUUUCAUUCAUGUUCAUCACAAUGCAAACACACUGUAGCAGUGAUAGGUUAUAGGCAGGCUAUUUUCCCAUUUCGUUUGAUUUUUUUUGUUUCUGUGGAACCAACACCUGUAAUUUCAUACGGUAACUUAUUUUUAUUAAUAUUCAUCCAUGCGAGAAGGUAGGACGACAUUCAGAACAAAACGAAAACUUAUAAGCAAUCUAUCGGCAGGAUUUUGUAGCGAUGGAAGUGAAAGCUAAUCCGAUAAUAAUAUAACAAAUGGAAAAAAACGAAAAUUAUUAAAGAGAUUUUAAGACUUUUCCAAUCUUAAAGUAAGAAAAACAGCAUUUUGUGUUUCGUUCAUUUUAAGGAAAAUAAUAAAAAAACGUUUGAACAUAA